CCAUUGACUGUAUAUUCUUGUAAGUUUUUAAGUUUUGUGUCGUACUUUCAGUGAAUAUAUAGCAAAAAUUUUCUAUAAUAAACUAUAGAGAAAUUUGAAUUCAUCAUACUCUACCUGGUUCAUUAUGAGUGAGAGACCUGAAGAUCAUCGUCGAAAAUGGGACAAAGACGAAUUCGAAAGAAUAGCUGCAGAAAGAUUGAAAGCAGAAUUGGAAGAAGAAGAACGUUCUAAGAAGAAAGCUCCACCUGUCAAACGAGAACUUCUUAAACAACGAGAUUAUAAAGUUGAUUUAGAUUCAAAAUUGGGCAAAAGUGUUGUGAUUACAAAAAAUACACCAACAUCCCAAUCUGGGGGUUAUUAUUGCAAUGUCUGUGAUUGUGUUGUCAAAGACUCUAUUAACUUUCUGGACCACAUUAAUGGAAAGAAGCACCAAAGAAAUCUUGGUAUGUCAAUGAAAAUUGAAAGGAGCAGCAUAGAUCAGGUUAAAGCCCGUUUUGCUCUAAAUAAAAGAAAACUUGAAGAAAAAAAGAAAGAAUACGAACUAGAUACUAGACUAAGAGAAGCAGCUGAAGAAGAGGCAAGAGUUAAAGAGCUUCGUCGUGAAAGAAGACGUGACAAGAAACGAAAAUUACAAGAUUCUGAAGAACCUGAAGAGGAUACGCCAGCUCAAUCAGAGCUUGCCCAGAUUAUGGGUUUUUCAGGAUUUGGAGCUUCCAAAAAAUAGUUAUUAUGGCCUUUAGGCUCAACCCAAAUCUGAUGAAAGAUCACUCGAGCAUAUCAUGGAAGUCUUUUUUAGUAUAUGAUGAAUGAUCUGUUAACUGUGUAAGGUUGAACAUCAUUGUUUUUUUUAGUUCUUAUGUUCCAUGAUAGAUGAUUUGCGAUGGAUCUUCCAUUAUUAUGCAUCAACCCUUAAACAUAAACUUGUUACAGAUGUAAUUAAUAAAAAAUAAAAAAUAA